AUGUUGCCGGACCGUGCGUCCAAACACGAUCACGUCGUCGAGGUAUAUCAAACGGCUGUGAGGGUAUAAGUGGGCCAGGACGGACUGCAUCAGUCGUUGGAAGGUUGCGACUGCGUUGCAUAGCCCGAACGGCAUGGUUUCGAAUUCGAGGAGCCCUUGUGGUAGUAUAAACGCCGUUUUUGGGCUGUCUUUAGGUUCCACUUCAACUUACCAAUAACCGGACUUGAAGUCCAACGUUGAGACCCAUUGGGCUCCGGCAAGCGCUUCGAGCGUGACAUCGAUUCUUGGAAGUGGGAAAGAAUCGCGGGUGGUGACCGCGUUAAGUCGUCGAUAGUCAAUACAAAACAUGAGUUUGCCGUCCUUUUUGGCACUAGUGUGACUGGCGAUGCCCACGGCAACUUGGAGGGGCGGAUUAUCCCCGUGGUCAGCAUCGUUUGAAGUAGGUCGCUCACCUCUUUCUGGGAGUGUGGUGAAAUACGGCGUGGUGGUUGCCACAGCGGUUUCGACGUGCCUGUGUAAAUACUGCGACGGAUGACAGUGGUGUGACCUAAGGAGGUAUCUUCCAUGCGAAAACAUCGCUAAACGUAGUCAGGAGUGACUUCAAUUCCUCCUUGUCGGUAAGGGCGACCGUAUCGUCUAGGGGUAGGACCGUGUUUAUACUUGUGGGUAGUAAGGCGUCAACGGACAUUCCGGGCACGCAUCAGACUUGUUGGACAUCUCCGAACCAACUGCACCUCUCGAACUUCUCCAGCCAUCGUCCCCCCGCCCGCCUCUUCCUCGUCCUCUCUUCCGCCAACUAACUCUGACACUCCUUCUGCACCACCAAUUCCAUCCUCCUCGUCCUCGUCGUCCUCCUCCCUCUCCACUGCCCCAGCGGCGGCCGUUCAGACUGCUGUCUCACACAUCACCAACCCCGACACAAUAACCGCCACCACCCGCACCUCUCCCGAUUCCAGUGAUGAGGAUCAGGACCACACCUGCCCUCACUGCGACCGCACCUUCACCUCUCGCAUCGGCCUGGUCGGUCACUUGCGAAUCCAUCGCACAGAGACUGGCGAACCAGUGCCUGGAGCACCAACCUACACUCACCGCACUCGCCUCCACUGCCCACACUGCCCUCGCACCUUCACGCAUCGCAUGGGUCUAUUCGGCCACAUGCGCAUCCACGAGAGCGGAAUUGACCACAAUUCCGAUACAGGCACGACAUCCAACACAUCCACCACGCCCAGACCCAUCCUCGCUCCACCGUCACACGCGCCGACCACCAAGCCCAACACCACUGCUUCCUCUACAGCUGACACCGACACCGCCGACCUCUCAUGCCCACAUUGUCCACGCACCUUCACCUCACGCAUCGGCCUGGUGGGUCACUUGCGAAUCCAUCGCACAGAGACUGGCGAACCAGUGCCUGGAGCACCAACCUAUACCCACCGCACUCGCCUCCACUGCCCACACUGCCCUCGCACCUUCACGCAUCGCAUGGGUCUAUUCGGCCACAUGCGCAUCCACGACGACCUGCGGUAG